UGGUUGCUGUCUCAUCAGCCACCCGCCCACUACACAUGGUCGCCCUGGAGCGAGGUCGGUUCGCAUGUUGUUGGCUAAAAACUCGGGUUUUGUGGCUCUUUUGUUCCGUUAAUGAAUAUUAUGGUCAAGACGAGAGUUGAUAAAUAAAGCGUUAGGUUAAAUAUCACGCGGUCUUUGUUUAUGUGUUGCCAAAUAAACUGUAAGUGAGCUAAAUAAGCUAGCUAACUAGCUAAUGUUGCGUUUCCGAUAUUCUCUCGCGAGUCCUGAAGUUCUGCCGACUUGCCGGCAUCCAGCAGAGUUAUCGCAAGACUUCUGCAGGAGACACGUUUUAUCGGGAAAAUGAGUGGAAAUAAGGGUAGUGUUAGGGUUACAGAGCCUGAGGAAUCUGAUGAGGCCACAGACCUAGAUGAGUCUACAGACCUAGAUGAGUCUACAGAGUGGACCAAGGAAAACCUCCAGAAGCUUCUCGCUGCAAUGAAAACAAGCUACCCAGAGGAAUACAGACACAUUGCGUACACCACUGGACUGAAAGCUGUGGACUGGAAAAAGGUGGCUUUCCCCCCUUUUUCUCCUGAAGCAUGCCAAAACAAGUGGAGAAAGAUUUUGCAUAAGAUGCGCAAGUUGCGGACCCUCGCAGAGCUCAUCGAUGAAGCUGAAGAAGACAUUGCUAAUCCUGCCAUGAACAAGGAGGCUCGAUAUGCAGAGAAAUGCCGUCUUGCAAGUGAAGAACACAAAAGAAAGAUGAAGGUGUUCAGAAAACAAGAUCCUGCACUAGUCCAACAGAAGAAGAGCACCCCCCAGAAGAGGAAGAGAGUCUCUGCAGUCACCCCGAAUCAGGGCAAACAGCCUAAAGAUGCAGUAGACCUGCCCCCCAAACCUCCUUGCAAUGGCUAUAGCAUAUUUUGCCAAGAGCAAUUGCCAUCGAUGGCGGGCAUCUCAAGCAGUACUUACAUGAGUGUGUGGGCUGAACGGUGGAAAGGAUUGACUAAGAGAGAAAGGGACGCAUACAGCUUAAAGCACACUAAGUUGCAGAGGAAGUACAUGAAUGCGCUUUAUGAAUCUGUAAAGUCUUUCAGUAAGGAGGAGAAACAGAGAAUUCUAAAUGAACAUGGCAUCAAAGCCGCUAAGGUCGAUAGACAAAGUCAUCUUAGAAAGAGACUUCCAGGAGAGCCCAAGAUGCCAUCUCGAUCUGGUAAUGUAAUUUUCUGCCAAGAUCAGAUGGAACUUAUGAGGGAGAAGUUCCCCAAUGCGAGGGAGCGCUUCAGAAAGGUCAACCAAAUGUGGAAGGAGCUCUCAGAUGAGGAGAAGUUACGCUACAAAGAGAAAGUAGAUAAAAAACUUGAAAAAUACUCGAAGAAGCUCCAAAAGUGGGUGAAGACAUUGACGCCAGAGGAGCAGGACAGCUACUGGGAACGUAACCCCAGUAAACGUCGAUAUCUGAAUCCCAAAAGCCUCAAGAGGAAAAGUUUAGUCAGAGAAGUCGUGUACAGACCAUCAGAUUCAGAAGAUGAAGAAAUUGAGGUCAGCGACCGUGAAGAACCAACGAACAACUUGGAAGAGGAGGAAGAGGAGGAGGAGGAAGAAGACAACAAAGAUGAUGUCAUCAUGUUUGACAUCUAUUAGAUGUUAAUGAGACGGACAGUAGAACAACACACAUACACACACACACAUCAAGUUCAGAGCUGGAUUCUGGAUUUGAGACGAUGGACAGUCACUUCAGUCUUUAACCUAGUGUAAGACUUUUUAUUUUUUGAAAUUUCUGAAUAAAAAAUGUUAAAUUCCUGUGAUAAGACCUUUGUUAUGUUUGAAUGCUGUGUUUUCAUUCAAAUUAUGACUGCAAAGCUGGGUCUAUUUUAUAAUGUGCCACUGGAAUAAUGUUUGUAAUGCACAUACACAAGUGUGGUGCUGGUAGGAGCCCCUAAACAGAUUAAUAUGACCUUAAAUUUACCAACUGCUUUUUAAAAAUGGUUUUAAUUGAUCUUUUUUUAUUGUCUCCAACCAUUGUAUAUUUUAUUGGUAAAUCCCAGAAAAGAAUGGAUCUUUAUAAUAAAGUUAUUUAAAGAUGUGA